UAAAGUCCUGAGUCCUGGAUACAGACUCAUAUCAGAGAGCGUCACAGCGCUUACCUCCUCAUCGCUCCAGGAUGCUCCUCUAUCUCGGCCUGACCGUCUUCUUCUCUGCGGGCUUUUCAAUGGAGAUGAACCAGACCUCCAAGCUGCUGGCGGAGAGUGGAGAGCAGUGUUCGGCCUGCGGCUUCCGGGAGCACAGCAAACAGAUGCGGCUCCACAGUAUCAAGUCCCAGAUCCUCAGCAUCCUGCGGCUCGAGCAGGCUCCAAACAUCAGCCGGGACAUGAUCCGACAGCUGCUGCCCAAAGCGCCUCCUCUGACGCAGCUCCUGGACCAGUACGACCCGCGGGUGGAGGACGAGGACCACGCUACGACAGAGACCAUCAUCACUAUGGCCACUAAGCCAAAUCCAAUCGCCCAGGAUGAGUUGUCCUCCUGCUGCCUGUUCAGCCUCAGCCCAAAGAUCCAACCCAAAAAUAUCCUCCGCGCUCAGCUGUGGGUUCACCUGAGACCGGCCGACAUGGUCACCACCGUCUUCCUGCAGAUCUCCCGUCUCAAACCCGGGAAGGAGGGAAACAACACCAGAGUCAGAGUCCGCUCCCUGAAGAUCGACACCGAUGCCGGCGCCAGCUCCUGGCAGAGCAUCGACAUCAAGUCUCUGCUGCAGGCUUGGCUGCGUCAACCGGAGACCAACUACGGCAUCGAGAUCAACGCCUACGACUCCAAAGGAGAAGAUUUGGCUGUCACUUCAGCAGAGCCUGGAGAGGAAGGACUGCAACCAUUCAUUGAAGUGAAGAUCCUCGACAACCCCAAGAGAUCCCGCCGUGACUCAGGCCUCAACUGCGACGAGAAGUCUGCAGAAACCGGCUGCUGCCGCUACCCGCUCACCGUUGACUUUGAGGAGUUCGGCUGGGACUGGAUCAUCGCUCCCAAACGCUACCGGGCCAACUAUUGCUCAGGGGAGUGCGAGUUUCUGCACCUGCAGCAGUACCCACAUGCACACCUGGUGAACAAGGCCAACCCACGGGGCACCGCGGGACCCUGCUGCACACCCACCAAGAUGUCGCCCAUCAACAUGCUCUACUUUAACCGCAAGGAGCAGAUCAUAUAUGGAAAGAUCCCGUCCAUGGUGGUCGACCAUUGUGGCUGCUCCUGAGGAGACCCAGCCAUCUGCAGGACUUCGGCUUGAUCAUAGAAGCUUUGUUAUCAGCGAAAGUGGUAAAAAACGAAACCUAGACACAGUAACAUCCCAUCUACGGAAGAGAUACAAGGAGUAUUUCUAAGGACAGGAGUCCAGAAGUUGUUUUUACUCUUUUCUUUGUGUUUUUAUCCAAAUACAAGAAACAAAAUAUCAAUAAACAAACAAAAAAAUAGAUAUCAGACCACACAUAAAAGGUAAUGAAAGCACAGAUCAGAGAAAGCUUAAACAAUCUAAAGUUCAUAUGAUACGAACCUAGAAAACAAGUUAUUUCACUGUUACACCUUUGAAUUAGAUGCACCAGUUUACUCCGGUAAUAUUUUUAUUUUCACAUUUAAACCUUGUGUUCAUUUGUUGUGUUCGUGUUUGCACACAAUGACUUCCUGAUAGAUAGACUCCUGCUGCUUCCUGUCCUCCUGUCCAAUGAAAACGUGUCCUGAUUUGAACCUUGACCAGAAUAAACCCACGGGACAUCUUUCAUGUGCGCCUUUAUUUUGAAAAACAUGAACCUAAUGACUGAGCUGACAGAUCGCCCUUCGCUGUCCCAAAGCUUGUUUGCAAACUCCUUGCUGUGAUCUGUUCUACAGCAUCAUGACCAGAGAGAUUUUUUUUUAAAGGACGUUGUUGCA